AUGGCUUCAGAAUUGAAACCCCUCAAUGUUCUCAUGGUAGGAACUGGUGAAUACACCACCGGUUUCGUGGGAGGUGGAGCUUCAGGAUCAGAUAAGAAAGUUGGAGUUGUAGGACUCUCAUUAUUUGACCUGCGAAGACGUGGAAAGGUUGAUAAGUUGUCUAUGGUUGGCACAUCUGGAGGAAAAUUCCCAGCUAUCCGUGAACAUCUUAACAAGAAUAUCUCCCAAGUUUACAACAAUCUCGACACAUCCUUUGAUUCUUUCCCAGCAAACGACAAAACCGACCCUUCAGCCUACAAAACCGCCAUCGAUGCCCUCUUCCCCGGUGAUGCAAUUACGAUCUUUACUCCCGACACAACCCAUUACCCCAUCGCUCUCUAUGCUAUCGAACGCAAAAUCCACGUCCUGAUAACCAAACCCGCCGUCAAACUUCUCUCCCAACAUCUCGAACUUCUCGAAGCUGCCAAAAAACAUGGCGUCUUCGUGUACAUCGAACAUCACAAACGUUUCGACCCCGCAUACUCCGAUGCUAAACAUAAGAGUUUGGGAUUGGGUGAUUUCAAUUACUUUUACAGUUAUAUGAGUCAACCGAAAUCACAAUUAGAGACAUUCAAAGCGUGGGCUGGCGUCGAUUCAGAUAUCAGUUAUUAUCUCAAUUCUCAUCAUAUUGAUAUUUGCGAAUCGAUGGUUUCUCAGCAGGGAUUCUUGCCAGUAAAAGUCUCAGCAAGUGCUAGUAAGGGAACAGCCGUGGGAUUGGGCUGUGAUCCAAUCACCGAGGACACUAUCUCUUUGCUUGUGCAUUGGGUUAAGAAGGAUGAUCCAAGCAAGAGAGCGACAGGUGUUUAUACCGCAUCUUGGACUGCACCACAAAAAGCAGGCGUUCAUUCAAACCAAUACUUUCACUACAUGGCUAGUGGAGGAGAAAUCCGAAUUGAUCAAGCCAAGAGAGGAUACGAUGUAACAGAUGACAAGGUUGGUCAAUUGAUGUGGUAUAAUCCAUUCUAUAUGCGUUAUGCACCAGAUGAAGAGGGCAACUUUGCCGGACAGACAGGGUAUGGAUAUGUCAGUUUCGAGAAGUUUGUCGAUGGAUGCAGAUUGGUCAAUAAGGAUGGUGUUUUUGCAGUGAAAGUGUUAGACGAUAGAGGAUUACCCACUUUGGGCAAUACUGUGGGAACAACCGCUAUCCUAGAAGCCGGAAGAAGAGCAUUGGAUGAGAACAGGGAAGUGGAGAUCAAGGUUGAGAAUGGUGUUUGGUCGCUUGUUUAA